UCUACCCCGUUCCAUUUUAGCCAGUUGACUUCGCGUGUGCUCCGGUUUCGACAAGACUUCAAGAAAGAUGCUUUCCACGCGUGUUCAGUGCGCUCUUGCCCUCCUGUCUCUUGCACUGACACUCAGCAGUGUGUCUGCAGCGCCAUCAGACGUGAAACUCCGCCAGUUGCUCCAGAGAUCACUUCUUGCACCUGCAGGAAAACAGGAACUUGCCAGAUAUACCCUCGCGGAGCUACUGUCCGAGCUCGCCCAGGUUGAGAACGAAGCACUGGAGUCCGACGACCUGUCCCGUGCUGAGCAAGACGAAGUACACCUGGAGCUCGAGCGAGCUGCCGGCCCAGCGCUGGCUCCCCGGGAACGCAAGGCGGGAUGCAAGAAUUUCUUCUGGAAAACCUUCACGUCGUGUUGACUUGUGUCCGUGCAAAACCUGAACCACAUGUAUUUUUAAAAAUGCAUUUCAUUCUUUUUUCAAUCAUCGCUGACCAAGCUCAACUGACCGCCACUCUUGAAAAUAAAGUAUGUAAAUAACACAUGUAAACUGUGAUGAUGGUAACAUUGAUACUAGUUUCACAUAAGAAUAGUUCCAUUUAAUUUGUAAUAUCUAAUAAAGUUCCCCCCAUACCCCGAAAGAACUGUUCAUAACGAAGAAUGUACUUCGAAUGUAUGCAAUUCUGCUUUCGACUGUGGUAUAUGUAUU